UGUUUGAAUUGAGCUUUGCUCGUCUUUUUUUAUUUGUGUCUUUGUGUCUAUUAAUAAUGCUUUCAUCAUUUAUCAGUUGGUGUGCUGGUUUUGAAGAAGUCUGCAUCAUAUUCUCUAAAUUUAAGGUGUAUCAAAGAUGCAGAGUAGGGAUAAAUAUAGCUGUGUAGGUCUUGGUAACACUUUGUGAGGACUUGCUGUUUAUCUGGUGAGAAAUCCACCCAGCCUUGCUAUAUUAAUAGAGCUGCUGUUGGUUCAUAUUCACUUACAAAACUGGUCUUGUAUUUCCUUCACAAAGCCACUCUCAGGUUCACUCUGGCAAAAUUUACACCCCUAAUGUGCGCAGAUGCCAGAAUGGAGUGCUGCGACGUGGAGCCACGCUACACAAUCGAACAGAUCGACCUCCUGCAGCGCCUGCGUCUCUCCGGCAUGACCAAACCUCAGAUCAUCCACGCUUUGGAGUCCCUGGAGAGGCUCGACCCAGACCACCGCCCCUCGCACUGCGACUCUCACCCGGCCCCGUCCAACACCACCCCCACCACAGCCGCUCCGGCCCCGUCCUCGUCGUCAUCCUCCUCUUCCUCCUCCUCACUCUCCCUGGCCUCUGCUACCACGCAGACCUCCGGCCUGGACGGCGCCGCGCUGUCCCCCAGCCACAGCUACGAGGCCUCGCCUCCGCCCCUGUACACUCCCAGUGUGGCGGUACAGCGGUCGUUCAGUUACGACAUGAUGGGUGAGGAGGAGUGGGACCUGGAGGAGAAGGUGGAGGAGUACAUGAGGAAAGACAGCAACCUGGUGAAAGAAGAGAUCAAAACGUUCCUCAACAAUCGCAGGAUCUCUCAGGCGAUCGUAGGCCAAGUCACAGGCAUCAGCCAGAGCUACAUCUCCCAGUGGCUGCUGCAGCAAGGCCUGGAGAUGAGCGACUCCAAGCGCAGAGCUUUCUACCGCUGGUACCUGCUGGAGAGGAAUAAUCCAGGGCUGAGGUGGAGUGAAAGCCAGCACAGCGUGAGCCCCAUGCCCAGGGCCAGGGGAGGGGACAGAGACGGGACGGUAGCAGGGGCAAGUGGCAGCCUCCCCAACAUCCUCCCCAACCCCAACACCAACCUCAACCCCAACCCUGUGUGGAGCAGACAGAGAGAGCUGCUGAUGCACUUGCUGCCAUGGUACACUGCUGCCGCUGCAGCCGCCCAGGCCCAGCCAGGUGCCACCUUAUCAAUGCGCUCUCUGGUGAAGGAGGAACCUGACUGGAGGACAGGGAUCAUGUCUGGCGACAGGACAGGGAUAGUGGGUGGACCGCUGAGGCUACGCAGAGGAAGCAGGUUCACCUGGAGGAAGGAGUGCCAAUCAAUCAUGGAGAGCUUCUUCAUGGAGAACCAGUAUCCAGAUGAAACCAAGCGAGAAGAGAUUGCCAGUGCCUGUAACUCUGUCAUUCAGAAACCAGGUUGUAAACUGUCUGAGUUUGAGCGUGUCACGGCGUUGAAGGUCUACAACUGGUUUGCCAACCGCCGGAAGGAGAUGAAGAGAAGAGCGAAUAUUGAGGCUGCCAUCUUGGAAAGCCAUGGAAUUGAGGUGCCAAGUCCAAGCUGCCACUCAAAUGGUGAGGAAGGGGAGAUGCAAGAGUUUGCUGACCAGGAAGACCCAUCCUCCCAGAGGAUUGUCGACCAAAUAGACUCCUCCUCACUGGCUACUACAGAGGUGGCCGCCCUGCCAAGCCCCACCCCUCAGGUCCUGGAACAGAAAGAGGAGGAUUCAAAAAGGGAGACUGUGGAUGAAGAGUGACCAAAGCCAGGGAAGUCUGGAUCGUCAUGUUUGAAGUUUAAUCCGAAGAAAUAGUUAAACAAUAAGUGUCCCCUCCUCCACCUUUGUGUGGGGCCUUUGGGGGCUAUGACACCCAACAAUCACAGGCAGAAGGGUGCUGAAGCUCACUGAGGUGCCUCUGAUGGUAAGGAGGCCACUGUAUUUAUCAACAGUAAUCCUGCUUAUAAUAACGGCAAUAUACAGUAUACAUACAUAUAUAUAUAUAUAUAAAUAUAUAGUGCAUUCCAAGAUGGUAUUAAAAAGCCUAAAUUCCUUAGAGGGAGAACUAUGUAAAGGAUACCUCGCCCAUUUGAAGCUAAGCUUUUUCUGUUGUCUCUGCUACGCGCCUUCUUUUAGCUUUUCUUUUUAAAGAGCGAUUGUUUGAUGGACUGUGGCGACACGAACGUGCUGAGCCUGCAGGUCAGGUUGUGAUCGGUGGAGAAAUUAGUGAAAGGAUCUGGCUUGUGGUGACACGAACACCCACUGCUUGCUUGAACGUCUUCGAGCCCCAUCAGGUUCGUUAAGACUCUAACCUCAAUCAGUCGACUGAUCAAAUCAGUCGAUCAAUCGACGAGUGCUGUUGCUAUCAAACCCUGAGGGACAACUGGAAUCUCAGGUAAUCCCCAAAAAAUGGUGGAAAAAGUCUGAGGAGAAUUGCACCAGUUUUCUUAUUUGUGUCUUAACAUUUGUUGCUUUGUUUUCUUCAUCUUAAAUCUGUAUUUAACCAAAACAGGAUGUGUUAUUUAUACCUUUUUAUAUUAGCCAAACAAGCCUAGGACAAUAUAUCGUAUUAUAUCAUAGUAUCUCUUUUGUCAUCCAUCUUCUUUGUUAUACUUUAUACUGAAUGCUGCUUUUUGGUCAUUUUUGUAGUCCCUCAUUUCAAAGUCUGUCUCAAACCUCAGCCAGUGACGUGAAGCUAGACGGGUCUACUGAUGUUUUUCUGUCUUAUUUUGUAACGUUUGAAAGAACGCUAAAUCAAAUGUGAUAAAAACUCAUCAUGCUAGGAGCACCUUUCUCUAUUGGAAUAAGCUACAGCCUAAGCUCAUGUUAAGUUUGUAUGACUGCAAAGCUGCACUUCAAAGUGGAUCUCACUAUAACUGAAAGAGGAGCGACUCAGACUCCACCUGCAUUUGGGCCUAAGACAUGUACAUAACCCAGAAAACACACACGUCUACAGGUGCUUUCCUCCACAUUGCAGUAGCAGUAUAUAGAAACUGUUAUUUGUCAAACUUGAAAUAUGAAUAGCUGACUCUAACUCUGCAUUGUGUAAUCCCUUAUUAUAUUAUAUCCACUGGCCCAAGGCCUCGGGAGCUCCUCCCUAAAGGUUCAUGAAAUGGACACAGGCGCUUGUUCUCAAACAGCCCCCAAGAGGGCGCUAACAUGUUACCUCCUAUUGCCAAAGCUAUGCCAAGGUAGAGAUGAGCUACAGUAACCUGUGCUUACAGGAACAGGACCAGACGGUCACUACAGUAUAGACAUACAGAGCCUAAUAGAUGUUUAUUUGCUCAGUACAACACUAGCCAACUCUAGUUUACCUCAGAAUAACUGUGUCCUGAAUGUGUAACAGGCUGAGUGUCAGCCGACACGUAGCAGCCGUCAUUGUGACUGUUUAUGACGCGGACAGUGUCAUGUAGCAUUUCUGACCGCGGGGUUUGCCUCGUAUCGUAUACUCACCUCAGACCGGUCACUCGUCCGGCUCUGGACAGGAACCCCCAGAGCUGCACGCUGUUUCUGACGAGGACGCUCCUCUCUAUCUGCUUUUAUCUGACAAUGAGAAAAAACGACAAUAAAAUUGUAAACAACC